UCGGCAUCGGUAAUCGCAUUUCCAGAACCGAUUUGAUACUGUUUACAGGACGAACCAGAAGGGGUCCUGGCAGAUGGGUUUAUGAAGAGUGUGUUUAUUAGCCGUAUCUAGGACUGUUAAAAGUAGGUUUCAUAUUUCCGUUGAAGCAGUUACAUUGAAUAUUAACAUAUCGCUCGUUUCCAAGAAUGAGAUGACAGACAAAAGCUAUUUUUACACCUCACAUUUCUUCUCUAUUCUAUAAUUAUAAUUUUAUACAAAAAGCUAUCAGAAGUCCUAUCGCCGUUAUAAUGUACUUCAUGGUUGUGUGACACAAUGGAGACGUAUUACUCUGUUUAUUCUUUUUAACGUCUCAUUGUUACAGAAAUUCCAGAGCCAGUACUGCGUGAGCAGACCACAGCCCCCUAUGAGAGGCUGACUGCAGUUGGUACCUGCCGCCCUCUCAGCAGUUGGCAGCACUGGCAGCGUGGCUGUCCCUGCGCCUUCUGUUGUCUGCCGCAUUUGUAGCGAGCUGUUUCCAGUGUGAAGACGUGGCUCCGCAUUUUGCGCUGCAGCUUCCGAGUUGAUAUCUACUUCUCCGUUAAUAAGGACCUUCCGCCAUGUCGGCAGCUGCUGAGGUUCAGAGGACGGCGGCCGUGGACCUGGGCGCCCUGCUAGACGCGGGCGACGGCGCGGUCGUGACGCUGGUGGCGGGAGAGACGCGGCUGGCGGCACACCGCGCGGUCCUGGCCGCCAGGAGCCCCGUGUUCCGAGCCAUGUUCCAGCACGACACGCUGGAGGCCAGCUGCGGCGAGGUCAGAAUGGCGGACGUGGGGGGCCCUGUCCUCAGGCAGCUGCUGUCUUACAUGUACACCCUGGAGGCACCCCAGCUGACCGACACGGCCCCGGAGCUGUUGACGGUAGCAGACAAAUACGGCCUGUCAGCCCUGAAGGCUGCCUGCGAACAGCAGGUGGCGGCGCAGCUGGAGGUGGAGACGGCGGCGGCUGCAGCUGUGCUGGCGGUGAGGCACUCGUGCCCCAGCCUAACUGCGGCCGCCGUCCACUUCAUAAGGGCCCACGAAUAUAAAGUAAUGGCGACGCAGGGCUGGGCAGAUGCCGUGCUCGAGUACCCAAAACACAUCGUCGAAGUCAGUCGGCUGCUUGGUGAGCCACCAGCAGAAGCCAGCGCGGGCCGUGGCUCCAGCAGUCCCAGCACUGCCACGCGGCCACUCGGCGACCCCGGACGCUCUCCUGCCGCGGCUGCCCGCCACACUCCGCCGCCUCCAGACGACGCGGCCGUCUCUCGCCUGCGGAGCCUCUCUCAACAGGAGAGAGGGAGGAGGCUGAUAGAGGCGGCCAAGCAGGGCGCGGCGGAGCAGCUGCGCGAGUUGCUGGCGGUGGGGGCGGACGUGGGGGCGAGGGAGGAGAGGUUGUUGGGGGACAGAUAUACUGCCCUGCACGAGGCAGCAGGCGAGGGUCACGUGGCGGCGGCCAGCUGCCUCGUCGGCGCCGGCGCGGAGGUAGACGCCAGGAGCAGCUGGGAGCAGUGGACGCCCCUGCACUUGGCUGCAGAGAGUGGCCACGCUGGUGUGGUGCGGCUGCUGGCCGGCGCCUCUGCUGACCCCAACGCCAGGGAUGGCCGGGGGCGGACGCCGCUGCACAGGGCGGCAGAGGAGGGCCAGGCAAGGGCGGCGGCUGAGCUCCUCCUGGCGGGGGCGGACAGGGGGGCCCGGGAUGUGGAUGGCAGGACCCCAAUGGACGUCGCCAGGAAGUACGGAGAGCAGGAGCUGGUGGAUAUGCUGACACAACGCUGACAUACGGCAUUCAGGAAGCACAAUCAGUUACAUCAUAUCUGUUGGUCUUUCAAAUAAACAAUACAAAAAAU